AUGGAUCCUCCUCACGUCACCGAAUUCGCCUCGGAGCGGUACUUUGAGAAGUUUAGACAGCUCGAGGGGAGGGAACAAGCGCAGUCUCUGGAUGGCUCUGCCAUUUCUCAAUCUUCAACCUUUAUUCUUCCCAUUGGAAGAACGAAGGAAACAAAACAGUACACGCUCAACGAGCUAAAAGAGCUAAAGGAAAAAGAGAAGAAACGUGGAAACUUCAAUUUACGCCAUAUCCUUCCCUCGCGGGCAUCUGUGGACCAUGACCACCGGCGCAUAUCGACCGAUGCCACCAACAAGAGGUCUGCGUUCCCCGUGUCUAGUGCCCAUGUCCCCAAAAUACUAAAUCUUCACAGUGCCUCGUUCGACCAACUCUUCCUUGGGCUACCCAACGAACUGAAGAUUCAAAUUAUUGCACAACUACCUUUAUCAGAUAUACUUAGUAUGCGCGUGGCAUCACGGUCAUUUCACGAAAUGGUAUCACUCAACGAGCUUCCGAUCACUCGACAUCAUAUAGAACAUCACAUUCCGGCGUACGCAUUGCGACUUUACCCGGUACCUCAGGCACCUCACGUCAAUUUCCACUACUUGUGUGGAUUAUGGCAUCGACUCCACGUGGCGGCGAAGCUGUCAUUUUUAAUCUGCGAAUGGAUCAUGAAGGAGAUCUUCUUGAAGAAGACAGAUGCGCAACGACGGGAAUUUGCUCAGCAGCACGAACGCAUGCGUCGCAGACUGAUACCUCUCCUGUUUACAGUUUUCCACUUUUUCGAAACAUAUCGGGAGCUUCACCUCAAAUUUGUGCAAGAACAUGGAUAUGGACUGAACAAGAUGCCGUACACGAUCAACCCCAUCGAAGCACAAAUCAUGGGCAUGUACGACGACAAGACAUUAUUACAUGUACACCAAAUAUUCCCGGUAGUUGUGGCCUCGUUUGUUCGGCGAUUACGGCCGCCAUCGUACCAGGGACGAUUUGAACGAACCAUCAGGGGUUACUUGAAGGACAAGCCGGCAGACGAGAUAUACGCCGCGGCAUUGUGCGUAGGAGGUCUGCGACAGGUGGAAAGAUUCUGGGAAAUCAAGGGCUAUUCUGCGCGAAGGGGGGCCGUGGACAGAUGGUACAAUGGGUUGACGAAGGAGACCCCAUUUGAGCACACGCCGCCAAUAGAACCUUCGACGACAAAAUCCCGGCGCGGAUUCAUGGGCAUCCACCGAAAGAAAUCAAGUUUCAAUGUGAAGGACACCGCGGCCAUGAACACGGGGGAGCAGAUUCCUCCUCCGCUUUUCACUAUACCUUCUCGACGAGGCUCAGAUACUGGCCGGCGACUAAGCGACGCGUGGGGACCAGGAAGGCCCACGGACAGCGGCGUCUUUGAUACGAGCAUGGCUGCUGGCAUGCCCAUGGGACCAUUGCCUCGAGAACAGUCGCGACUGGUGACACCGGAUGUCCCGAUUCUACAGCACAUUUGGGCACCGGCCGCGGAGAGCCUCAUAAUGCAGAGGAGAAUUGUGGAGAGACCACAAGAUAUCAAGCGUAAUGCUCAAGUCAUGCUAGAGUUGAUUCGGGAGGACGGCGCUGCCAUGGAUGAUGAGUGGUGGUAUGGCACAGCAGCUCCCGAGUCGGUCCGCCCGCCCAUGGAAGCCAUUGAGGAGGACCCUAUUGAAUAG